GACAUUCCAGCAUCAAGAGCAAAUAUUGUCACAGGUGCUGUCGUUAUACCCAGUGCGGUGGUGGGUAUCAUCACAGGAGGUGUGGUAGUCAAAAAGUUCAAGCUCACCCUGGAAGGUAUAGGCCGACUUCUGGUGUGUAUAGCCUUCCUGGCCUUCCUGGUGACACUGCCAAUAUUCUUCCUGGGCUGUGAGAGUGGAAAACUGGCAGGGGUUACCACUCCUUAUAGGUUGGACGAUGUGCUGUCAACAGUCAACUUGUCAUCAGAGUGUAAUGUCAACUGUCACUGUAGUGACCAGCACUAUGCUCCAGUCUGUGACAGCCAUGCUGGAAUGGCAUACCUCAGUGCCUGUCAUGCAGGAUGUCAUGUUGUCGAUGUGACACACAUAGAUGGAAUGACGGAAAGUGUCAAGAAUUAUUCCAAUUGUGCCUGUCUUGGGUUGUCCAGUCCCUUGGCUGAUGGUUGGUCAGUAGUUGAAGGCAAGUGCAGCAGAGAAUGCAAUACUUUCAUCCCAUUUGUCCUGCUGUUGUUUUUGGUAGUUUUCCUCAUCUGCUGUGCUCAGAACCCAGCUCUUAUUAUAACUCUCAAAAGUGUGAGCAGUAGCAGCGAGAGGUCCUUUGCCCUGGGAAUGCAAUACUUCCUCUUGCGUGCUGUGGCCUUCAUCCCAGCACCAAUCUAUUUCGGCUAUCUAUUCGAUACCCAGUGCAUACUUUGGCAGCCAUCUUGUGAGAAUGGCAAACAAGGUGCAUGCUGGGAGUACAGCAUUGAGAAUUUGCCAUAUACCAUGUUUGGAAUGGCGUGCGGACUUCGCAUCCUUGGAUUCAUCUUCAUAUUAUUGACUUACUUAUCAAUAAAAAGAGAUGGACGAAGAAAAGGAUGUAUGCAGCUCGCUAAUGGUGGAAAAGAUUUAGAUCCAAAUAAAAUGGUGCACAGUGUCAGCACUGUUAGUUGCGAUACCAUGACCUCUAGUGUGAGCUCAGACAAUGGUGUCAAGCCAGUUCGUCUGGAGACUUACAUUUGAUUCAUAUCAAAAUGAUGAUAGAAUCAGUCUUAUACUGGUAGCUCUAUAUCAGUUUUGUGGGCCUUGAGUUUCAGAACCAUAAUAUCCUACCAGUGUUUCAUGUAAGUGUGUUUGCAGGGCUGAAGAGGGGAGUUUUUAAUAAACUCUUAAAACCUCUAGUGAUUAUACCAGUAUGUUAAAUGUUAGCCUAAUAAUUAUUGGGUACGCCCCCCCCCCCAAAAAAAAAAAAAAUGUGAUAGCCACAAUCAAAUGUUUUGCCUGCCUUACCUAAAAACUUACAUAAGAAUAUGCUUAUAUAUUUAUCAAUUCUAUUUUGUAGUGUUUGUUAUAAUUUUAUUUUCAUUGUUUAAAGUUACCAGAGAUUGGGAUAGUUUUUAAGCCCGGCUCUUAAUACCUCCCUGUUACUGAUUCACUUUUAAUGAUAAGAAUUAAUAUAGUACUUUGUUGUUAAAAAGUUCUUCCCCAGAGUUGAAAAGCAAGAACACACAACUAAAUGUGUGCUUGAACAUGCAUGCACGCACAAACACACAUUAUUGCAAUUUAUUAAAAUUGUCUCAUUUUGACGAAUAUUUUAUUUCAAUUGAUGAUGAAGCUCCUAGGCUGUCUGCUGCACAACUGAAUGUUGUGUGUGUAAGAAUACUCAAUAACUGGUCUUUUGUGGGUGAUUGAAUUUUUAAAUAGAUUAUACAAUUCAAAAAAAAUUUUUUUAAUCUGAGGAAGAGUUUUAAUAUCUGAAAUCUGUCCAUCAUAUUAGCAGCCAUGCUGUUCUUAACAUUCCUUUUAUAAAUUAUUUUAUGCAUUUUAAUUAUUUUUAAGACGAUUGUUGUGUUGUGCUUUGGGCACAAAUGAACAAUUAUUUGCUGUCUGUUGAGUUUUUAUCAGGGAAAAUCUUCUUAUAUCUUUACUGAUUCAGAAGAAGAUGAAGAUUACAAGGGUAGAUAUAGCCUCUCACAGAUGUUUAAUAAAAAUGUAUUUUUACAAUUUUUUGAAUAUCAGGGCAGAUAAUAUUGUCUACAAAGGUAAAGGAAUCAAACCUGACAAAUUAUGUAAGAAGUAGGAAAAAAGUAGAAAAAAUAUAUUAGAAGUAGGAAAAAGGUAGAAUGAAUUGUAUGGAAAUUAAGCAAUGUAGGAUUUAUUUAAGAACAACGUCAUAAGGAACUUGCAGUUGUACUUUUCAAAUAGAUUCUUACAAAAUUUUUGAGGUGGACUUUUAAAGCUGCCCUCGCUACCAUUCCAUGUUAGUUACUGUGAUAAUUAAGAUGAAAGAAGUGUUGUUUUGCCAUUGUAAUAAUAUUGCCCAUUCCUUCUGCAGGGUGACUUUGUUAGAAUAGCACUAGGUCUGAUAAAAGUCUUUUUUUUUUUUUCACUUAAAGAUAUGAAAUAUUGGUUGCUGAAAUACUUAAUGUUGUAUAGUUCCAUCAGUUGUGUGCUUUCAGUAGAAUGGUAGAUUGGUAGUUCUUUUUUCAGCUUUAUUUUAACUUAAAAUGGCUAGAAAAUCUUUUAAAUAAAGAAGCAAAGAUUACAUGAACUUUAUUAAUGUAGAAUGGAUUCUUAUUUUUCAAUCUCAUUCAUUUGUGAUGACUUCUGUAGUAGGGUGAGAUUUACAAUAGUUGUACAAUGUAACAGCUUAUAUCAU